AUGCAGAUAAAGGACAGGUCUUGCGAUGGCUUAAAGCCGUUUACAUUAUCAGGUCGUUUCUACGGGACGACUUGGAGGAGCGAAGUUGGCUCUGCUUACGUCACGUAUACUUCCGACAUCCGGGGGGCAUACCUGGACAGCAUCAUACGCGAGCAGAAUCACUAUUCCCCAAAAGAGCAAACCCGCGUGGCUGGUCAUGGCACUCCUCGCCUUUCGGUAAAGUCUUCUUACUCAACCGCCAGUGCACCCACAGACCCCAACUUCACACCAUCUCUCUCCCUGACACGCUUAAUCUCACGUUGUUUGGCACCCAUUGGUUCCGGUUCGACAGCCGCUCUAUCGCUUAAUACCUGCACCUCGCUGUAUGUCCAGAACCAGGCGUCCACGCCUUCGACUGGACCCUUCGUGAUCGCAAAGCCUCUCACCUUCUUUCAUCCAUAG